AUGUCAACCCAGGUAACGCGCAAGAAGGAUUGGAAGUAUGUAUCCGCUCUCUUCUUGCUGCCACGAUCAUGCACGAAUGCAUCGUUUCAGCUGCGGCAGAUGUACUACAAGUGGCUGUAUGCAUACGAAGAAGCACAUUUUCCCGGUUGUGUUCCUGUAAGCAAGGUUGACAUCCCACCCAGUUUUUAUGCUCAUUGGAAGCCUAGGGAUGCCUCCCCCGAAUCGCCUACGCAAAGUCAGAAAUCGUUGAACCCUUCAGAGCCAACGUCACGUCGCGAGAGUGUGACUCGUUCAAUAUCAAUUCAGCCCAAUGAACAAGGCCAAAUGCUCAAUCAAUAUACACAAAUACCGUCGCGACAAAAUUCCCAGCUAGCCCCAGCGCCUCCAAUGACUUUGCCGCCAAAAACCAGGGAUGAGCCAAUUAAAUUACCUCAACGCACACUAUUACAACAGGCACCACGUGUGGUGUUUGCGCUGCAAUCGCAACUGCCCAAUGAAGUGGACUGGGCUCUUAAUACACUGCUGCUGAUCACAUACGAGUUCCGCAUUGAUUGUAUUGAAGCCAUCUGCCUGCCGUCAACUUUGCUACAGAUGCUGGUGGCACUGAUACGUGAGUCGCUAUCCGAUAUGUUUGCGACCAAGAGCAAUACAGCCAAAUCUGCAAACACGCGCACCCACCGCAUCGUCAUGCCCGACAGUAAGAACCACAAGCGAUUGAAACUCGACGAAGCCAGCACCACGUGUCCUAUAAAUAUUACGAAGCCCACCACGCGUGGUGGCUCAGAAGAUGGCCAGUCAGACCUUACUAUCGACACCACCAGAGCAGGUGGUAGUAGCACAAGCAGUGGUGCUAAUACUAACAAGUAUCUUAGUGAGAGAGUUAGGCAAAUGCUGGCCGCAGAAGUGGGUGACGAAGAUGGGAUUGAUUAUUUCCACAACCUGAACAGCGAUGGACCUAUUGGAGAAGCUCGCCGCGAGCGUAGCACCACUGCACUGACCGUGCUGAGCAACAUGUCGUUGGUACCCAUGUACGCCAAUAUCAUGUCCACAGACACCGCUCUCUUGGAGAUGUUGUUGCUUGUUGUGAGUGGAGAAGGUACUAUUGAUAGCAGUAGUAGCAGUAGCGAAGGGGAUGUUGAGGGAGAAGCUGUACGGGAUAUUGGAGAGGAUACGUUAGGAGGAAAUGGACGCACGGGCGCUCAAUUGGCCACGUGCUUACAGGUGGACACAGCCCUGGACAUACUCAGCAACAUCUCAGCCUUCGUAGUGGUACCGGAUUUACCGCCGCAUAUCCGUGCGUCUCUGAUGCAAACAAUACAAAGGAAUGUCACAGCGCCCAGAGAUCGAAAGGUGGUUAUUGAGUGUGUGAAUGUACUGGGCAGGCUGUGUGUACCUCUGGAUACCAGAAUGUGGCUGCAGAAGGAGAACGAGGGUCAUAUACCUACGAUUGGAGGUGCACCGGUAAGCCCCGGACCGUUGUUGCGGGGUGCGAGUUCAAGCCCAGCGUUAGACCCGCCUGUUACUGCUAAUAACUCUCGAAACAGUCAUCAGAGAAGAUCUAGUUCCUGCAGUGAUUGCGAGGAGAAUGCACAGAAUAAUUCUUCAUAUAGGACUGGUCUCGGAUUAGCAUCGGAACUUGACCUCGAUUCCGAGUUCGAUGACAGCGACGAAGAAGAUGCGGUACAAAACAGCGCAGAAAAACAUUACUGUACCGAAUUUUACAGCACAGCCUUCGUCCCUUCCCUGGUUUCCCUUCUGGAUCGUUCUGACCCGCACCUGAUGCUAGCUGUUUCAGACUGUUUGUACCAGUUAACACACGUAUCGCAGCGUUAUGCAAAUGCUGUCGCACAACAACCAGGUGUUAUAGGGUUGUUGGUGGCGCUUUUGACAUUCAAUGUGAAAGACGAGGAGGCUUUGUUUGACUGGGAUUUGCACGAGGAUGUCAUUGAUAUGCGUGGUGCGGCUGCCCCAUUCCCGGGUCAUGCAGGAACGCUGGGUGCGCGACCGCUGAUGGGCAAAGCUCUUCCCGCAGCAAUGCCCACGUUCUUUCCCCAAUUUUCCCUGGACCAGAAAAAGAACAAGAAAAAUGAGAUAAAACCGGCACAGGCACGCUUACGGACAGCAGCUAGGGUACAUGGCCGUUUACGUGCGUCAAUGAAGACGCAUACUCAAACUAAUUCGCAUCGCAAUCGUAAGUCUAGCACCGCAGUCGCACAAGUGGACGGUGCAGAUGAUGAACACCCUCAUACAGCCAAUUUAACCUCAGGUGCGAGGUUAUCUCAAUCACACUUGUACCCCACAGCAAAGAGGGAGGUAUGCUUACGUCGUGUAACAUCGUGUCGACACGAGGCGAAGAGUGUGGGUAGGUGUGAGCAUGCACGCGCAUGCAUGCACGCACAACCCCAUAAGGUUGAGUCCGCUAUUGAGAUAGGUUUAAAACGAGGACAUCUGGAACGAAGAACCCCACACCACGCUGGAGGGAAGUUGGAGAAAUCACGUGGCAAAGUGGAUCCGCAACUGCAGUUUAUGUCUCGAUUUUUUGGCGAAGACCUGGCGAUAUCGCAGGUGGAUGGGGUGAGUGACGAAGUGGGGACUACCAGCGAAGCGCUGGCCGACCUUUCGUACGAUGAUGGGACCAUGGUGGAUGCUGUGGGGUUGGAUAGCCCGCAAGCGGACGGUAAUACGCAAGAAGCAAAUGUGACUGUUGCAGAUGACGUUGAUCGACUUCAUUUAGGGAAUAGACCUGUUGCUGAACAUGUGUCCGAGAAUACAUCUCAAGGAGCGGUUUCUGAGCUGGUUGUCACUGAUGAUAUGCUUAAAGCAGGCUUGGAAAGUUUGCAACACGAUUUGGUACAUAUCAGUGAGAAUUUGGGUAUUAGUCCGUUGAAAACUGCCGCACUCGGCAAGUUGUCGCUUCCUGUGAUUCGAGGCCCGAAAGUGGAUGCCCACGCUCCAAAAUCCACAGAAGAUGACAACCUUUCGAAGAAAUUCACGAAGGAGGCAACCAAUGUACAGUCGCCAAUUGUCAGUAGCUUGCCAACUGCGAGCAUUGUUUCGAUGGCUAUUCCUUCCACAGUUAAUAAUCUAAAUGGGACCGAACCAAUGUUUGAUGGUCCUGAGAGCAGCGAAGUCGCCCGGGCUGCGAUAAAGGGCGAAUUGCAGCACCUUUGCACGGAGGCAGAUAGUCCGCAUACAAAUCCAAUCGAUGCCCAAACCAAUGUGGAUGUUAUACAGUCAGGUGUGAGUGAAAAUCGCCUGCCAAUCACGACAGAUGGAUCGCAAACAAGUGUGUCUACCGAACCUCCUGUUGAAGAUGUAACACACACGGCCUUGAUGAGCAAUCACACAGAUGUAAAGAACAACUCUGUAGCUAGCAAUUGGGCGGGCUUGGAGGCUGAUCUGGACACAAGAACCAAUGGAAUCCAUAUUUUAGCCGCAAUGGCAGGCGGCAGCCAAUCAGAAUCAAGCAAUAGUAAAGUAUCAGCCAAUGAAACAUCAUACAACAUCAAUCCUCCGGAUAAGGGAACCUCUGGAACAGGAACUGUCGACACCGCUCCACCGGAAGCAACCCUGAUCAGCGCAUACAAUCAAAGUGUUACAGUGUCGGACCCUGCUAAUAUGCCAUCUGCAGGUGAAGUGGCCACCAAGCCAAUUAUGAUAAGUCAAGCCUCUGCAGACAAACCUACUGUGACAAGUCAAUUUCCUAUUCGUGCGCCUAUACAACAACCCCGUGUAUUGUCGAACUUUACGGGUAGCACGCCCGUGGCUACAGGUACAAGUGUAGCUGAUGAUGCGAUAGUUGAUUUUGCCUUAAAUUCUGACCCAAAAAGGCCUGGAACGGCACAGAAUACAAAUCACAGCGCGCAACAACUACAACAACCGCAGCAAGUUGUCCAGGCAGCGGGUUCAGGUGUGGGUAGUGAGCCACAAAAUUUUAAUACAAAUCACAGCGCGCAACAACUACAACGACCACAGCAAGUUGUUCAGGCAGCGAGUUCAGGUGUGGGUAGUGAGCCACAAAAUGUUCAACAAGGGAUUGUAAGUACCUGUGGGGAUGUCAGGGCACCUGGAGCUGUGAUACAGGUUAUUAAUCAGGAACACGCUGAUCAACAGGCAUCAGUCAAUGUCGUCGAUGAAGCGCAGCCGCCUACAGCCAUACCGCAGCCUAGAAUGGCAAGUAAUGUGGCGACUGGGAAUACAUCAGACUACAAUUCUGGGGCUUGGCUGCAUGAGCAAGCAAAGGGUAAUUCAGUACAUAGUACUCAAGUACCGGGCAAUCUUGCCCAAAAUACUCGGCUGCAGCCAAGACCCCCACCGCCGACGCUCAAGCAGCAACAAACUGUGUUUUAUCAGGACCAUGGUAAGGAUAUGGAGCACAGUAGGAGGCACAAUAUCAAACCUAUGUACCCACAAGCAUCCGUUCCUAACAACAGUACACCCCAACAAAUAUAUCCACAUUCGAAUGGCACGUAUGUGAAGCAACCGCAGUCGCAACAUGGUGGGCGUGAAGCUGUAUAUUCAGUACAUCCUGUUGUUGAUAAAUCUCGAACGCCAUAUCAGCCGAACCCGCAAGUGCAGACUCAGGCGCAGCAGUCUUAUAAGCCACCUGUGUCGCCCAGGCAGUCAUCCGAGUAUCUACACACCCACGCACACAACGCCCCGCAAGCAUCAUCACACGUCAAGGCACAAGCACAAGGCCAACAGCAACAAUUAUCACAGCAGCAGCAAACGUUAAUAGACGCACGUAUACUAAUGCCACGAGACGAUGUGGGCGAUGGGAGGAACGAAAGUUUCCCUGUUCAUACACAGCCACAGGUUGGCAACGCUAUAAAUGAGGUUGUAGUCAACAAUACUCAUGUGACUGGGGCAUUGCAAAACAAUAUGGAAUCCGCUUCACAAGUGCGCGACUUUGAGCCAGAUGGCCUGCCAGUGCUCACAACACCCGAGGCAUCGGAGACGUCGGACACAAACAUGUCUGACACUGAGAGUGAGGAGGAUGUCGUACUGACUGCAGAGCAACUCCGCAGACAUACGCUGAUGAAACAUAUCGUACGCAGCACAGCCCCACCCCGUGCCUCAGCCACUGACCAUAGAUCUUCUCAGAGCUCGUCAGCGCAACUGCAGACUCGCAAGAAGGCCCCAGCACCUCCACUGCAAUCAUUGUCGUCCAUGACAAGACCACCAUCUACAUUCCCUGCACCCCCUCCUUCACAGCACCCACACUCGCAUCCACGAGCGAGCACGCACGCACACUCACAGGUACACCCGCGAGUUCGCGACCCCCAACAGAAGCAAGCAUUCAGGCCAAUUGCUGCACAGCCUCGGGUUCGUACAAGCACCGUGUCACCUGCGCUGUACGGACGACCUCAGCAUGUACUACCACAGUCAGUGCAGCACCAGCACCAGUUGUUACAUGGUCAACGGUUUGCUAGUCCGUUCGACGUUCAGGUAUCUGGGCCGGACCCGGUAUCUACUGGAGUGCAGUUAAAUGCGGCUUUGAUUUUGAGGAAUAUUGCACAGCAUGGUGUUGCAGAUGAUAUCCUCUCAGCUUACGGCGAGCGUAUCACGGAACUGGCUGCAUCGCGGAAACAUUACUCGGAACAACUGGCUACGUGUUUGUUUGCUUUGACAUCGAGGGAGAACACUGCUAUCUAAUAUGUCAAUGUUGUCCUGACGGCAAAGGUGUUCCUUAAUACCGAUUGAUAUGACACCAAAUAGAAUAUCAAAUUUGCGAGAAAAAAAAUAAAAGUUAGAAAC